AUGGAGUUCGAGUGCGAGGCGGGGUGUGGUUCGUCAUCAUUCCAGGUCGGAGAUGAUGGAUUCACGUACUGCUCGGAAGGACAUCGUCAGUGGACGCGAGGCACACAAGUAGCCGAGGAUACAGACGGCGUGCCACAAUUUGGUAAAAAAGCACGAAGGGCGAGAGAUGUCGAAGAAAACGUCGAAACUGCUUUGACUGGUAAAAAGGCUUUCGAACACUACUUGCUGUGUUUCCAACUCGUCCUAUGGAAACAGGUACAUUGGCUGAUCAAUACAAAACACCUCCCGAAUGAGCUGGAAACAGUGGUACGUGACAUCUGGGCUCUCCGUCUACAGAGCCUCCAAUCAAGAGUCAGCUAUGAAUCAGAGAGCGAGGCCGAACAGAGUUCACAGUUCUACAGUUCUCAAUCUGAGGCUGAGAGGACCGACGACACAGCACAAAAGCGCAAGGCGAGGAAGAGCAAAAACGAUGCUAUCCCCAAACUUGUCGAUGCCCUGAGCAUCUGUUACAUUGGCAGCUUACUGCUCAGACUGCCGGUCACCGUUGGCGACUUGUAUGAAUGGGCAGCCAGCGGUGAUCUGAUCUACUACAGAGCUGUCAGAGCCCUGUCCGAGUCGAUGAAACUACGUCUGCCGUUCAAUUAUCACAGGAUCUUGGAUCCACAAGAGAUAUUGAGUCCCGGUGCAGUGCAACAGGCUGUCCUCGAGAAUAUCACAGCUUUCGAUCGUGCCUUUGGCAUGGCGACGCCACCUAUAAAUCACGUCCUUAUCCUGUACCGAUGGAUCAGAGCUCUCGCACUCCCGUUGGAGAUAUAUUCGGCGACUUUGCGUCUAGCGAAAUUUCUUGACCUCGUAUUCGUCUAUGACAUUCAGGCGAAACGCGCCUCGAGGUACCGUAUACUCCAAUACGCCGAAGCUCGACUGAUGGCCGCACUUGUCAUUGCGACAAAGCUGCUGUUUCCCUUGGACAAUGUGAAACGCUACCCAAAGAACCCAACUGAGCUUUCAGCACUUAGCAUGGACUGGUCAAACUGGAGUAAGGCACGAGCGGAGUACAACGACACCACCAAAUCGAAAACUCCACUAGGUUACCAAGAAGCCAUGCAAGUUCAAGAAAAGGACAUACUCGACAUGUCUGACGAGAAACUCGACGAUUAUAUGGAUUGGUAUGGCUCGGUCUUUGCAGAAGAGACUGUGCGCGAGAAGGGAAGAAUAGGUAAAGAGGCCGAGUUUCGCAGAGCAUUGCAUCGCCUGUUUCCUAUCGAACGUACCACACAGAGUGUACACGACGCUAUGGAUGUAGACAGAGAUGGAGAGACGGUGCCUGGAGACGAGCGGCUGAGGAAAGUUCAGAGCAGUCUUAGACCCGCACGGGUCAAGGCGGAUGUCAAAUCCACCGAGCCUAGUGUGAAGCGCCCGGGCAACAGCUACAAGCGAUAUCGAAGUGUUGCAGAACUUGAGGGCUACGCGAGAGAGUUCUAUGAGGAGGCUGCUGAUCUGGUUGCACUGCCUGUAGGCUCACUAGUGAAGUGCGUCUUUUUCCUGGAGAGGAGGUUGGAAAGAUGGGAGAGCAAUGAGAGAAAAAAGUAG